AUGGGAUCGCAGCCAUCCCUGUCGCACCAGCCUCAUCACUGUAUUUCCAUCCCUCUCGGGGUGAAUAGUUCAACCGUCGAGCUGUCGGCCUUUUGGGAAAAGCAUAGGGUUACGGCUGCGGCCUUUCGUAGGAUGGGAACAGGGGAUAGGUUACUGGACAUACCAUGUAACGUGUGCGGUGACAGAAGCUCUGGAAAACAUUAUGGCAUUUACAGUUGUGAUGGUUGUUCAGGAUUCUUCAAGCGGUCUAUCCACAGGAACCGUGUGUACACUUGCAAGGCUGGUGGUGAGAUGAAAGGUCGUUGUCCAGUCGACAAGACUCAUAGGAACCAGUGCCGAGCCUGUAGACUCGCUAAAUGCUUUCAGGCUAACAUGAACAAAGAUGCUGUUCAACACGAGCGGGGUCCUCGGAAGCCGAAGCCCCACCCGAGUGUCCUGGGGUCACUGCCGCCCCCGCAUGCCCACACUCACAAGCCCCACGCUCUCAAACUGUCGCCUCCAUCGCCCUACACACCUAUACCACAGCCCUUCAAUUUCCAGUUUAGUAUAAAUGGCAUCACUGACUCGGCGCCUCUAAGUACUGCAUCAUCAGCUGGAUCCAGCGGUGCUGGUGGUGCUGGUGCAGUGAGUCCUCUGCCUCUCAUCACGGAACCGUUCAUAGCACCUCCUCCUCCUGGGCUUUUGCAUAUGCUCAUGUCCAGUGAUAAAUGUCAAGAAUUAAUAUGGAGUGCGAAACAAUUGCAACUACAAGGCGACCCUUCUCUGUUACGACCUCCGCCGAAUGCUUUCGGAGCACCCCUAGCGCCUACUUGGGAGUUGUUACAGGAAACAAGCGCGCGUCUUCUAUUCAUGGCAGUGCGGUGGGUGAGAUGUUUGGCUCCAUUCCAAGCCUUGGCGGCAUCAGAUCAGGCGGUGUUACUGCGUGCUGCUUGGAAGGAUCUGUUCGUGCUGCAUCUCGCACAGUGGUCCGCACCAUGGGACCUCGCGCCCCUACUGGCGGCCCCAGCUGCCAGAGCUAGACUGCCCUCUGACCCCUUGGUCGAUCUAGAAAUUAACACUCUACAGGAAAUUCUUUGUAGAUUCCGACAAAUUGCUCCCGACGGCAGUGAGUGCGGCUGUAUGAAAGCUAUUGUUCUUUUUUCACCGGGUAAGAACACGCCCGGUCUAAGCGAAACACAGCCGGUGGAGAUGCUCCAAGAUCAGGCUCAGUGUAUUCUGGCCGACUACGUAAGGACGAGAUACACUCGUCAGCCUACCAGAUUCGGCCGACUCCUUCUUCUACUGCCAUCUCUACGCGCUGUCAGAGCUCGUUCUAUAGAGUCACUUCUGUUUCGGGAGACGGUUGGCGACGUGUCCGUGGCCACUCUGCUUCAUGAUAUGUACCGCAUGCAGCCAGCGCCCACGCCUGUACCAGCCUUCCAACCACCAAACUGUUCUUCGCCUUAA